AUGCAAGCAGAGGCAAUUAGACACUUUGAGGAGGCUUUCAAUUCAGCUCCCACGCUAUCUGUUCCAGAUAUAUUGUCAGUGAUUCCCAGCCUGGUUUUGGCUGAGGACAAUGACAUGCUAAUGAAGUUGCCCUCAUUCCAAGAAACCCAGCAGGCGGUGCACUCCCUCCCCCUCGAUGGUAUGUCUGGCCCAGAUGGAUUUAUAGGUGCAUUUUUUUCCAGGUGUUGGGAUAUCAUAGGCUCUGACAUUCACAAGGCAGCUGAGAGCUUCUUUCGGGGUGAGAACAUGCCGAGGGCCUUUACCACUACUAUAAUUUGCCUCAUUCCCAAAUCCCUCAACCCGAAGAAACUCUCAGACUUCAAGCCGAUCAACCUCUGCAACUGCAUCUACAAAAUCUCUGCAAAAAUUAUUUCUUCCCGCUUGAACUCCCUCCUGCUAAAGUUGAUCUCUGUAGAGCAAGGGGCUUUCAUCAAAGGUCGAGAUAUCGCUAAAAGCAUUGUGCUAGCUCAGGAAUCGAUUAGAGAUAUAAGCAGACAUGUUCGAGGCAGGAACCUUGUGAUUAAGCUCAAUAUUAAGAAGGCGUAUGGCAGGGUAGAAUAG